CAGUAUGGGUUUGAAGUCCCUUUUGUCUCUUUCCUGGUAUUCGUUGUGCUGGAUCUAAGAAGACAGGCUCAUUAAAGCUGCAGGAUGGCCAAAGGAAAGAAAAACAAACAGGCUAAAAGUAAAACCAUCACCCUGAAAGUGGCUCAGAACUGCCUGGAGCUGACGCUGGAAGGUAAACGUCGUCUGAAUCUCAGUUUUAAGGAGGUCGAUGUGGUGCCAAAGUGCAUCCAGAAGCUGUAUGAUGUGGAUGAACUGGACCUGAGCAGGAACCUGAUCAGAAAGGUCCCCGACUUUAUUGAAUAUUUCAUCCGCAUCCAGGUUUUGGAUCUGCACAGCAACUAUCUGGAGCAGCUCCCCGAGACUAUCGGCCGUCUCCAGAACCUGCUGGUUUUGAACCUGUGUAACAACCGUCUGACGAGCCUCCCCAGUGAGCUUGGCCUGCUGAAGAAACUCCACACCCUCAACCUGGGUCUCAACCAGCUAGAAACUCUCCCCCCCUCCAUCGGCGCUCUGAAGGAGCUCCGCCACCUCGGCCUUUCUGACAACCGAUUCACCCGUGUCCCUGGCUGCCUUGCGAGGCUGAAUCAGCUGGAGAAGGUCAACCUGGACAGGAACCCCAUCCUCACUGAGAAGGCACCGGGCCACAAGUCACUCAUGAUAACGGAGCAGCUUUACCUGGUCAAGGAGAGCUCCCUGUGUGAGGACUGCCUGAAGAAGUGCCAGACUGAGAGGAAGAGGGUGGAGAAAGGGGACUGAAUUACUGUGUCUAACCAACAUGAAGACUCAGGAUGACAGGGAGAUGCACAGCCUGGAUCACUGUAAACUCUAAAUACUACCUAGUGAAGUGAUUUAGGUUUCACCACAGCACCAUCUGCUGACAUCCA